CGCCAACAGCGCCAUUGCAGGAACAUCAUACGGUUUAUAGAGGCAGUCCGACUGGGGCAGGAUUUUCCCCUCAAUGUCUGCAUUGCCUGCGCGGCGCAGCUCGUUGUGUCUCUUCUGCGCAUUCGCUGCUCGACCGUCGCAACCGCAACGCCUCCUCCCCCGGAUCCAGGUCGCGUACAGAGGCACUUCCUCGAAAAGCAAAAGUGGCAACAACAGCCGGGUUCAGAGUGCGAGACCAGCCAAGUCUGCAUCCUUCAACCCUCUGAACUCAGGCAGGAGAGGUGUGCCUGCACGGCCUCCAGCCGAUACGCUUCGUACCACUGUCGACGACAAGCUCUCGAAACUGCGCUCGGAAUUCACCGAACCCGCGUUCCUCGACAGUCUACAGCUUGAUCAGGAUCAGUUCGGCAAAGAAUGGCACCGCUUCGAGAACUCGAUCAAUGCGUGGGUGAAGCAGGCCAGUAGCGAGCUGAUCGACCUGGUCCACCAAGCAUCGAGAGGAAAGGCCACACUCGAGACACGGCUGCGUUACCUCUUCUAUGCGCAGACAUGCGGUGGACGCUUCACAAAUGCUGAAUUGGAAAACCAAAAAGAGGUGGCAGACCUGCGCUAUCCUGCCGAAUGGUAUCCCGCCACACGCGAGGUUCCUCGAGUCGUCCACAUGCACGUCGGUCCCACCAACUCUGGCAAGACCUACCACGCUCUACAACGCCUCGAAGCUGCCAAGUCUGGUAUAUACCUCGGUCCCCUACGACUACUCGCACACGAAGUCUUCACACGCCUGAACGCAAAGGGCAAGUCAUGCGCCCUCGUUACUGGCGAGGAGCAGCGCAUGCCAGAAGGAGACGCUCCUCCCAUGUACAGCUGCACUGUCGAAAUGGCACCUCUCAACACCAAGUUCGACGUCGCCGUCAUUGACGAGAUCCAGAUGAUCAACCACCCAGAGCGAGGAUGGGCAUGGACACAAGCCUUCCUCGGCCUGCAGGCACGGGAGAUUCAUCUUUGCGGUGAGGCAAGGACCGUCAACAUCAUGCGCGAACUGUGCGCGCUUGUCGGUGACGAGGUGCACGUCCACGAAUACGAACGUCUGACCCCUCUCCAAGUGCAACCACGUAGCUUGUACGGCAAGUUGAACAAGCUGGAGAAGGGCGAUUGCGUAGUCGCCUUCACCGUCGUGGGCAUCCACGCUCUGCGACGCGAAAUCGAGAAGCAGACCGGCAAGAAAUGUGCCAUUGUCUACGGCAGUCUGCCGCCAGAAACGAGGGCGCAGCAGGCAAGGUUAUUCAAUGACCCGGACAAUGAGUACGACUACCUCGUCGCUAGUGACGCUAUCGGCAUGGGUUUGAACUUGGCCAUCAAGCGUGUCAUCUUCGAGUCCACCAUGAAAAGCGAUGGUGUCAAAUACGUGCCUCUGCAGGUCUCCGAGAUCAAGCAAAUUGCCGGUCGUGCUGGUCGCUACAAGACCGCUGCAGACGCAGUGAGCGACAACACACCCAGUGCGAAUGGGGAGACGAAGGUGGCGAAGAAAGAAAAGACCGUGGGAUGGUGCACGACCCUCGAUCAAAUUGAUCUUGACGUUCUGAAAGAGGGCAUGAGUCGCGAACCCGACCCUAUCAAGACCGCUGGACUGUUCCCUCCCUCGCUCAUCGUUGAGCGCUUCGCCAACUACUUCCCACCCGGUACGCCCUUCAGCUACAUCCUCCUUCGUCUCCACGAGAUCUCCGAGAUCCACCCACGUUUCCAUCUUUGCGGUCUGAAGGAACAGCUCGCCAUCGCCGACGCGAUUCAUACGAUCAAGGGCCUGAGUAUUCAGGAUCGCAUCAUGAUCACCUCCGCGCCUUGCAACAUGCGCGACAAGGCGGAAAAGAUCUUUUUGCGCACCCUCGCCGAAUGCAUUGCAGAGGGGAAAUCCGGGAACCUUCUCGAACUCCCGAACCUGCCUCUCAAUGUCAUGGACGAGCCUGCCCGAGGCGAUCGAAAGUACCUCUACUCGCUGGAACAGCUGCACAAGAUGGUUGUUUUGUAUCUCUGGCUCAGCUACCGCUUCCCCAACGUCUUCACCACGCGCUCUCUCGCGGUGUACACUAAGAAGCUGCUCGAAGACCAAAUUGAGAGCACCCUUACCGAGUUCUCGCACACAGAGCUCAGACUCAAGCAGAAGGAGAAGCGAGAGCGCGAUAGGCUGAAGAGGUCGAAGGAGGCCCAGGAGGCUGUAGCGGAGCUGCGAGGAAAGAUGCCUGCCCCACCUGGUAUGCCCGAGGAAGCCAAGGAUAUCCUCAACGAUAAGAACGCUUUCGCGGAAGCGUCUCCAGCGACAGACGACGUCGAUGAGUACCCAGAGGAGCCUGUCGACGAGUCUGAGAAGGCCGAUGAGCUUGACACCAUACUGGGAGAUGCCGAGGUCAAAGAACGUCGUUCAGCAAACCUGUAGAUCGCUCCACCGGGGUUCCCUGUACCUCGUACUGCAUUUUGAGAUUAUUUCUGGAGUAUUUCUGGAGUAUUUCUGGAGUAUUUGCUGGCGCAUUCAAAAGAGCUUGGGUAUACCAUUAGACUUGUACAACACUGUUAAAAGUGAACAACCACUGUUUAUAUAACGACGAUAAAGCAAACACUCGAAUCAAUCGGUC